UCUAGGUUUUGGGAGAGACUUUUUAACGUUCAAAAUUGUUAUCGAUUCAGCCAGAAUAAGAAUGAAUCUCCUCUCCGAAUCAAUCACCAACCUAACAGAGGUUUCAUUGUCCAUCGCCAAACAUUUGUUCUCCAAACAAGAAUAUAAAGAAAAGAAUAUCGUGUUUUCGCCAUUGUCACUCCAAAUCGUACUCAGCAUCAUCGCUGUUGGCUCUGAGGGUUCCACACAACACCAGCUUCUUGAAUUCCUCCGAUCUGACUCUACCGACCAACUCAAAACGUUAUGCUCUCAACUCGUUUCCUGUGUGCUCGCCGAUAACACUCACCCCAGUGGAUUUCUGUUUGGACCUCUGGUGUCUUUCGUCAAUGGUGUGUGGGUUCAACGAUCGUUAUCUCUUCAACCUUGCUUCAAAGAAAGUGUGGCCACUGAUUUCAAAGCCGCUAUUGCCUCAGUUGAUUUCUUAACCAAGGCUUCUAAGGUCACAAAAGAAGUGAAUUUAUGGGUUGAAAAAAAGACAAAAGGUCUUAUAAAGAAUCUACUUCCCCCUGGUUCAGUUGAUAGAUUUACCAACCUUAUCUUUGCAAAUGCACUAUACUUCAAAGGAGCAUGGAUGACAGAGUUUGAUAUAUCAGAAACAAAAGACUAUAAUUUUUACCUUCUCAGUGGCAGCUCAGUCAAAGUUCCUUUCAUGACGAGUAAACAGAAACAAUUUAUUAAUGCUUUUGAUGGUUUUAAAGUCCUUCAACUUUUUUAUAAGGGUAGGCAUAGUUUCUCUAUUUACUUUUAUCUCCCUGAUGCAAAAGAUGGAUUGUCAGCUUUGAUUGAAAAGGUAGCUUCUGAACCUGAAUUUUUAGAACGUACGCGUCCUAGAGAAAAGGUUCCAGUAGGUGACUUUAAAAUUCCAAGAUUCAAUAUUUCUUUUGGGCUUGAAGCUUCUAGCAUGUUGAAGGAUCUAGGAGUUGUUUUACCUUUCUCUGAAGUAGGUGGAGGUUUGACAAAAAUGGUGGAGGACUCUCUUAUAAGCGAAGAACUUUAUGUUUCAUGCAUAUGCCACAAGUCUUUUAUUGAAGUAAAUGAAAAAGGAACUGAAGCUACUGCUGCGACCCUUGCUGUACUUUCGGGUGGAGGUUGUGAGCCCAUCAAACCACCGCCUCCUCCGAUAGACUUUGUAGCUGACCAUCCUUUCAUGUUUUUGAUUAGAGAAGAUCGGUCUGGAACAAUUCUCUUUAUUGGACAAGUGCUCAAUCCCAAGGUUUAGAAAACCUUUCCGAAAGAAGUCAGUAUUGAAAGAAAUUGUCAUUAAUUCACACUACCGACUAUCGA